UUCCAGGCAUCUGACUAUCCCAUUGUACUGUCUUUGGAGAACCACUGCAGCUGUAAGCAACAGGAAGUAAUGGCAGACUAUUUAGAAAGUAUUCUUGGUGACAAACUUAUUACUUCAGCAAUUGAUGAUACAGAGUUCACUCAACUACCUUCUCCUGAGGCAUUAAAAUUCAAAAUUCUGAUAAAAAAUAAAAAAGUUGGAACAAUUGAGGAAGGUAUGCUCAGGAGACAUCUUGACAGGCAUGGUGAGACAGAGGAAAUUUCUGACUUCGAAAAUAUGUCUGAUGAAGAUGAGACUGAUGCAAAAGCCCCUCUGUACCCAAAGAGUGAUUCCUCAAAGAGAAAAAGUGACCAGAAACCUUCAUCUCCACCUCGAAAAAAGGCAAAGAUGAAGAAGAUAAAAAUUGCCAUUGCAUUGUCAGACCUUGUGAUUUAUACCAAAUCUGAGAAAUUUGUGAGCUUUGCGCAUUCCCUAGCUAAUCAGAAGUGCUAUGAAAAUAAUUCAAUUGGAGAGGUUCGAGCACAAAAACUUGUAAAACAUUCAGCUAAACAGUUUGUUUCACAUACUUCAAGAUUCAUUACCAGAAUCUACCCCAAAGGAACAAGAACGAACUCUUCAAAUUAUAAUCCUCAAGAGUUCUGGAAUGUGGGGUGUCAAAUGGUGGCCUUAAACUUCCAGACACCGGGAGUACCAAUGGAAUUGCAAAAUGGAAAAUUCCUAGACAAUGGUCGUUGUGGCUAUAUUCUGAAACCAGAAUUCUUGAGAAAUCGCAAUUCAACAUUUACCCCACACAAUGUGGGGAGAUACAGUAAACCAAUAUCUCUGUCAAUAAGGCUCAUCAGUGGUCAUCAGUUACCACCCAGUAACCUGUCGAAGACUAACAAAGCUGACCCUUUAGUGCAGAUAGAAAUUUAUGGUGUGCCAGAAGAUCAAACAAAAAAAAAAUCUAGUGUUAUAAAAAGCAAUGCUUUGAGCCCUAGAUGGAAUGAAACAUUCUCAUUUACCAUCCAAGUUCCAGAACUGGCAUUGAUACGCUUCUGUGUGAAGGAUGAGAUAUCUCUGGUUGCAAAUGAAUUCCUUGGUCAAUACACUUUACCACUGCUGAGCCUGAGUAAAGGUUACCGUAACGUUCCCCUCUUGUCCAAAGAUGGUGACAAUCUCGAUGCUGCCUCGCUGUUUGUUCAUGUCUGGUACUAUUAAUGAUGCUCUGCUGUAGCAGCUGUUCUGGAGGAUCACACCCUUCUCAAUAAAGCAUCAUCACUAGGCUUGCAACAA